UUAUUUGAAACAAUCACGGUGUAGCGGCGUUCUUCAGUAAUCUUCUGUUCUAAAGCCUCGAAGGAUCAAAUCUAUCUCAUAGAUUGUUUUCAUUCUGAAUUCUGGGCUACCGAAGACCAAAUUUCUGUGAUUUCGGUGAUUUUCCUUCACAUCUUGAAAUGGACAAGGUUGCAGAGGAGGUCGAUCGGGUCAAAAAUGAGUGGAACGACGCUUUCCAUCAGACUCUUGACCGGAUUAAGGCAAUCGAAUCAUACAAGAAACAAAGUGGAUCGACGGACACGAAUUCGCUCCCGAGAUUGAAUGCUUUGGCUCAAGAUGGUUUGAAUCUGCUGUCGUCGUUGGAAUUCAAGCUCGAUCUUCUUGCGCCUCAACUGCUCUCUGAUUCUGAAGUCGAGGCUGCUCAAUCUCUUCUCGAAUCUUGGAAAAACCAAUCCCACAAUUUGCGGUCGAGUCUGAGAAAUGCCAAUAUGCAAGCGAAAGCCAACAUGAGAAAAGCUGCUCAGGAGGAGAGAGAACAGCUUCUUGGUGGAGGAGAAGAGUCCACAAUUCGCAGACGGAAUUUACAAACUAAGGCUGGAAUGACAUCUGCUGCCGAAAGCAUCACCGAGAGCCUUCGCCGAACCCGUCAGCUUAUGGUUCAGGAGGUGGAAAGAACUGCAAGCACAAUUGAGACUUUCGAGGAAUCGACUGGAGUGUUAAAGAAGGCUGAGAGUGAAUAUAAGGGACACCGCUCGUUGUUAACACGAACCAGAAACUUACUUUCCACAAUGCAACGGCAAGAUGUAAUGGACAGGAUCAUUCUGGCAGUCGGAUUUUUCUUUUUCUCUCUUGCUGUUCUUUAUGUCGUCUCCAAACGUAUUGGGCUACUGAAGUUGCAGAGGAUGGCCACUGCUGCCAUCAAAGCUGGGAUGGUCAAGCAAGCAAACCAAAUUCCUAGAGAUGGUGGUAGGAAUCCAGUUCAAGCCAACGAGGAUUUAAUUCACAGAGUUGCAGAGCCACAGGAACGACGUGUUUGGGAUGAACUUUGAAGCGUUGUAUACAUUGGGAUAUAAGGGAUAUGGUCAAAUUGCAUAUCUCCAGAGUUAUAUCCUUUUCUGGCCACAGUUUUGAAGUAUAACAUUUCGACCAUGGUUUCCUGUGUAGUAAAAUUCCGAGUUCAGUCUGAAAAUGAUUUAAACAGUGUACUUGUGUGGGAAAAACUACCCAUUAAAGAAGACACCUUUUUGACUGUGUUAGACAACAUUAGUAAAUAUUCUUUGUGCAAGAACUUUAAGC